AUGCAGUCUCCUCGGGUCUCUAAUUGGGAAGCUGCACUCCGAGUUCUUCGAUAUCUGAAGGGCCAUCCGGGUCAAGGAAUUCUUUUAGGUAAAGAUAGUGCUCUUCAGCUUACUGCAUAUUGUGACUCUGAUUGGGCCUCCUGCCCUCUUAGUCGUCGUUCGCUUACUGUUUAUUUAAUCUUUUUGGGAGGAUUACUUAUAUCUUGGAAGAAAAAGAAGCAGCAUACAAUCUCUGUUCUUAUGCUGAGGCCGAGUACCGUUCCAUGGCUCAUACUUGUAUCCGGUGCUGUUAUUACUUCUCAUGUUCGCACCACCGCUCAACUUGCAUACAUUUUCACCAAGGCUCUUGGACGUCCUCAGUUUGAGCAACUUCUUUGCAAGUUGGGCAUUCGUGAUCUUCAUGCUCCAAAUUGA